GGGAGAGCAGGAGUGAGUGAAGCAGCGCUCUUAAAGCCUCUUCCUCAUCUCCCCAUUCUGCUUCUCUCCCUUCGCCCCCCCCCUUCUUUUUCUAAAAGAAGGAGGUAAGGAACUCCCACCCCCCAAAAAAACCUUUUCUAAUCUUGAGGGGGGGGCGGGGAGGGAAAAGCGGUAGGUGCCUUGGGAACGUCAUGGAGCUGCUGUGUUGCGAGGUGGACCCCAUCCGGAGGGCCGUCCCCGACCCCAGCCUGUUGUUCGACGACCGCGUUUUGCUUAACUUGCUCACCAUCGAGGAACGCUAUCUACCCCAGUGCUCCUAUUUCAAAUGCGUGCAAAAAGACAUUCAGCCCUACAUGAGGAGAAUGGUGGCGACUUGGAUGCUGGAGGUCUGUGAAGAGCAGAAAUGCGAAGAGGAGGUCUUCCCUUUAGCCAUGAAUUACCUGGACCGUUUCUUAGCUGGGGUGCCCACUCCCAAGUGCCGGCUGCAGCUUCUGGGUGCCGUCUGCAUGUUCCUGGCCUCGAAGCUGAAGGAAACAAUCCCCCUCACGGCCGAGAAACUGUGCAUAUAUACCGAUAAUUCCGUCAAACCCCAGGAGCUGCUGGAGUGGGAAUUGGUGGUGCUGGGCAAGUUGAAGUGGAAUCUGGCAGCCGUGACCCCUCACGACUUCAUCGAGCACAUUUUACGGAAGCUGCCUCUGCCGAAGGACAAGCUGCUUUUGAUCCGAAAGCAUGCACAGACGUUUAUUGCUCUUUGUGCAACAGACUUUAACUUUGCCAUGUACCCGCCCUCGAUGAUCGCAACUGGAAGCGUGGGAGCAGCCAUCUGCGGCCUCCAGCUCGACGGCGAGGACAAUUCCCUUUCUGAGCAUCUCACCGAGCUUCUGGCGAAGAUCACCAACACCGACGUGGAUUGCCUGAAAGCCUGCCAAGAACAGAUCGAGGCUGUGCUGGUGAAUAAUCUGAGGCAAGUUCGACAGGAGGAACAGCAGAGGAAUCCCACAAAGACGGUGGAUGAACUGGACCAAGCCAGCACCCCCACAGAUGUGAGGGACAUCAACCUGUGAGGAUGCCAGUACAGAAAGAAAAAAGAAGAGAAAGAAAGAGAGAGUGAGAGAGAGAGAGAGGGAGAGAGGGAGAGAGAGACAGAGAAAGCAUAGUGCCUGCUCUCUAGACUCCCGUUCGGGUGUUUUCUUACUUUGUGGGGUUUUUUUUUGUGUGUGUGUAUGUGUGUGUGUGUUUUUUAGAACAAAACUUUUUUUAAUCUACUUCCACCUAGAAAUAUUUAAGGGUCUUUUAGAAAACAGAAAAAAAAAAAAAGAAGCCUACAAAAAAAUGGAACUAUUAAACAUAUUUGGUGCCUAUAAUGUUGAAAAGAAGGGAAUCGUGAUCUUUGUGACAAGUUACUGUUUGGUUAUGUAUAGUAAAAUGCUUAUAUGAAAGCAUACAAAGUAGCUAGAGAAAAUGUAUGCCUGCAGAUGUGGGAACGAAGCAGAUUAUACUCUAUUUUUCCAUAUUAUGAACUAGUGCAUACAUAGAUGGAAGAAAGGAACUGUGUGAUUCAUGGUUUAAUUAGAUUGCAAAGCAAUGGACUAAAGGGGUUGGAGAAAUGAGGAAGUAAUGAGGAGACAACACACAAAGAUAAUUAUCUCUGAUGCAAUUGAACCAUUCUGGAUGCAAAGGUUCUUUGGCUCUCGAGAAGUUGCCUUUGGUUUAAUUGGAAAUGUAUGUUGGAUCUCUCAGCGUUAGUUGCGUUUACUCCCAUCUGGACUCACUGCCGCCCAGGACGGAGAGAAGAUGCUUUAUUUUUCCCGUCAGAGACAGGUGAUUGGUUCCUGGGUUGUUAAUGCGCUGCUUCACAUGGCCCACCACAGACCAUAGUAGUACCACGUUGUCAGUGGGAGGGGAAGUCCCGCUUUGGGCCGUUCCCAGGGGUCAUGUUUUAGGGCAGAAAAAACAGGACCAGAAUCUGAAUUGCUGCAAUAAUAUAACAAGGGUGAUGAGGUCUUCACAUCCUUCACCAGUCCAAAUUAAUUCUCUGGACUGAUGAACAUUUCUUUUCCACAGCUCAGCAUUAUUAUAAACCAUUCCAUUCAAAAAAGCACUUUGAAAAUUAUUCUUGAGGGGUAAAUGGGAUGGUUUAUGAAAAUCAUGUGGAGCAAAGGAUGGAGAGGGGUUAAAAAAUAGAGUUCUCCUCUCCCCCUCCCCAGUUUUUCUAUAUUGCAUUUGAUUUAUUCUCUCAAUAGCUCCCACAGUUAUGAUGGAAGAUGAGAGACACCCCAUUCAGAUGACAUUCCCAUCACAACAUUCCUGAUGAAAUUCCAAAGGAAAAAAAAAAUUAUUCCUGUGUCACAGAAGGAUCUUAAUAUACCUACCUGCACACUUCUCCUUUGGGCCUUAAAAGACAAAUUACUGUUAGUGCAAAAGUCAGGUGAC